UAUCAUAAGCAUCUCUCCAAGGAAGAACUCAAAAGGAGUGCGCUUUGGUUCACACAAAAAAUAUAUAAAAGAAAAAACAUUCUAAUAUAAAACAUAAAAAGGAUUUUCAAACCAACCACUAGACCACGGAUAAAACAGUGUGUUAAUUUUAUAAAAGAAGUACAAAUUGUGUUAAAAAAAGUGUUUGCGAAGGACUUUUAAGGAAUAAUUUAUUCGCUUUUUUGUGAUAUUUUCAAUUAAAACAAAAAAAUCAAAAAUGAAAUUCAGUGAAAAUAUGAUUUUGUGCGCAUUUUUGUUAACCGUCGUGAUUUUUAGUUCAUCAUCAGCCGAUGUUGAACAAAGUAAAACUCGACGAGGUGGCGGAGGUACUGCUGGCCUUUUUGCUUUUCCCCGUGUUGGACGCAGUGAUCCUAAUCUUUCAGGCCAAACUGGAGGAUAUGAUAAUUUGUUUCCAACUUCAUAUGAAGAAUAUGAUGAAUAUCCAAAAAUUUCGGAAAUCAAAAGAGCAAAUUUGAUUGCUUUCCCAAGAGUUGGACGAUCCGAUACACAAUUAAGAAACUGGGCACGUAUGGCAGCUUUGCAACAAUCCUUGGAUAAACGAACAGCACCAAGUGCCAAUUCAGGAUUAUGGUUUGGACCAAGAUUAGGACGAAUUCAAAAGAGAAGUACCAUGGAUGAAGAGGAACAUAAAUCUGAACAAUUGUAAAGAGACAUCUCUAAAUAAUUCCUUUCAUUAUUUUUGGCAUCAUACUGAUUCGAUAAACACAACUUAAAAUGGACAUUGCUGACAACCUGAAACUUAAAAAUAGAAAAUAAAUCUAAAAAAAAAAAACAACAACACAAUAUUCUUAAAAAAAUAACUCAUAUACAUAUAUUUUAGUUAUAUAUAAAUUUUGUUAUUGCAAACAUAUAUAAAUAGAAUAUAAUAAAAUAUUUAAAAAAAAAAGAGAUCAAUUAAAAACAUUUACCUAUGCAUACAUUUGUAAUAUAAAAUCGUUUACUUAUUUUGUUUAAAUAAAAAAAAAAUAAAAAUAAAUUAUAAAUUAUAAAAAAAUUAUGCAUUUUGUAAUAAAAAUUUUG